AUAUUCGUAUAAAUGUUAUAAGUACAUUGUAUGUAUUUCAGGAUAAUGUAUUGCAAAAGUGGUACGAUUUUAAGAUAUAGUUUGUAUUUCAAAUAUGAUGGGAUUGUAGAUAUGUUGAAAAGCUAGAAGUACCUGUGUUUGGAAAUCUCAGUGAACAAAUUAUCAAAUUCGUGUAACAUGUCUGCGCCCUUGCGAUAGACCAAGACUCGAUAACAAUGAGUUCUUCAAGGACUGCAGCGUAUAUUUUACGGAACAACCGUAUCAAGAAUAUGAGAUUUCCCAGAACAAAAAAAGCAGCCUAUAGUUAUGUGUGGGAUGACAAAGCAGAUAAAAUUCUGCCUGAACACUACAAGAAGCGAUGUUUAGAGUUCAUGACUAGUGAACCAACCCCAGUCCAUUACGUACCGUCCUCUGGAACAUUUGGCAUUCACAAACUAACCAAGUUACCAAAUAAGAUACAGAAUGUCCCAAUUCCUAUCGUGUACCCCCAAGAGGCGAAUGAAGAGCUCUGGGGUGGAGAAGGAAUCAUCAUGGGCUACAAGAUGGACAAGGGUAAACUCCGGAUGAAAAACAGACUACCAAAGUUGUGGAAGCCAUUUAUAUGUAAACGAGCAGUGUAUAGUGAAAUCCUUGACAAAUGGUUUGAGAUCUCCGUGACGAUGCGAGUUUUGGAUUUAAUUGAUGAAUGUCAAGGCUUUGAUAACUACAUCCUGAAAACACAAGAACGUGAUUUAAACUCUCUGCUAGCCAUGAAAAUUCGUCGAGAAAUGUUGCUAGCACUUGCCAACAAGACAUGUUAUUCAAAUGACAAAGAAAAACAGGAAAAGGUUUUACAAAAGUACAAAGCAUUCACCAUACCAGCUGAAGAGGCAGAGUGGGUGGGGCUGACUGUGUCGGAGGCCUUGGUCAAAGUGAAGCGAUCAGUGGAAGCUCAACUGGAAAAUCAACCCAAACCACUGAAAGAGAUUUAUGAGGAAAAUUUGGUCCUGAAACUCCAUUUGAAAAAAGAAAAUAAAUGGGAACAGCUAAUGGAUGAAAUUGAUCAGACGAAAGAGGAGGCGAAGGAAGCCCCAUCACUGAUCGCCAAAAUCAACCCCUUCUCAGAGUAUAACAGAACUAAAAACAAGAAGUCAUGACUGCAGUAGAGAUUUCAUGUUUACAAUACAUGAAAUAUUCUGUGGCAUUUUAAAGAAGAAAUAGACAUUUUUUAUGAAUGAAAACUGCAACUAUUUAUGAAAAUUGUAUGAACUGAUAUCAACUCUGUCCGUGCUCUGAACUAGAUUUCAAUCAAGUUUUCGGUUGGAAAGAACAGACCAAUAGCUUUCUUCAGAGAUAUCUUGGGCAAUCACAUAGUUUGAGUUACUUCCCUUCACAUACUACGAAUCAUGCAAACGCUUUUCAAUUACAGUAGAAGGGAGGCCGAGCUGUGUUCCCAGUUACUUACCCAAUGUUGUACUGAUUUAUGUUCAAGUGAACCAAAACUCUCUGACCUGGAUGGGCAGGCAGUCACUACUCACUCCCAACCCUCGUUACUUUGGACCAACAGUCCAUAGAGGGCUAGUACCCAGCUCAUUCAGGCAUCAUGAGAAUAAUGUCAGCUGUCAUAAUUUCAUAUUUAUUGGUAUGUUAGGUUUAUUUUUUCAAUAAAGAAGUACAAAAUGUAUAUAUACAUUAAAUUUGAUGUUUCUGUCAGUAGCACCGAUCUAGAUGUACAACUGACUAUUAAGCAUUAAAGAAAUGCGUUCUAUAAUUCG